AUGGCGUCGCUCCCGCCGCAACGGCCAGCCUCCCAGCGGAGGGCAUCUCCGCCCGCCGAAUCAUCCUCCUCGCAGCAGAACCAGCCAGCUCGCCAGAGCAGCUUCUCCGCCUCCGCGGAUUCCCAAACCCUCCUCCUAAACUCUCCGCCCUCACAAUCAGCACAGCCCGCCGAAUCAGCGCAGCGCGACGCAUCAUCAUCUUCAACGCCGAAGGAGGCUCCGCAACCAGAGAAGGAACCCCGCAAGUGCUGGAUAUGCUUCAACGAUGAAACCGAGGACGAUGAAAAUACCUCAGAAUGGCGGUCGCCAUGUCCCUGCGUACUAGUAGCGCACGAGAAAUGCCUCCUAGACUGGAUAGCUGAUAUGGAGGCACCUAGUUCACGGCGGCGCGUUGGUGGGAAGUCGGGAAAGAUACUGUGUCCACAGUGCAAGUCUGAGAUACGGCUUGAGCGGCCGCGUAGCUUGGUCGUGGAUACGGUGCGCAUGAUGGAGCGGCUGACGGGCAUGAUGUUGCUCCCAGGCUUCAUCUUUGUGACAGCGACAGCGGCGUAUACGACGCUGACGCUGGCGGGCACGCAUACGGUGUAUGAGAUCUUUGGGACGGAGGACGCGCUGCAGAUUCUGGGGCCGCUGUACCAGCCGCCAAACCCGCGGGACACCUCGGUUGCGAUACGGCUAUACAACCACCUGCGAAACCACUGGAGGUUAGAUGUCGGUCUGCCGCUGAUCCCCACAGUUCUCGUUGCCAGCCGGACAUCCCUCGCAGACUCCUUCCUCCCCUUCCUCCCGCUCAUAUUUUUCGUCAGCGGAGGCACGCCGCAGGAUGAGAUGCUGCAGUUCUCGUGGCCACCGAGCGCAGCCUUCACGGUCGCCACGCUGCCCUACGUUCGCGGCAUCUACAACGCAUACUACGAGCGCGUCUGGCUACCGCGUGAGCAGCGAUGGCUGAAGGAGAUCCAGCCUCGGUCUGGCGCAGACGACAAUGCCGACGCCCAAGACGCCCACGCCCAAGCCGAUAACAUCCUCGACGCGCUCGCAGACGAAGACGAGGACGAUAACGACGUCGUAGAAAUCGAAGUCGACUUCGACAUUUUCGCAGACUGGAAUAACGGCGGAGCAGCGGAUAAUAACGACGCGGCUGAGAAUCCGCCAGUACCUAUUGCGCGCGGCCCAGCGCCCCCUCUAGACGCACCGCCGAUGGAUGACGAAGCGCCUCCGCUCAUCGACAUGAACGACGAGAAUCAGGAAGCCGCGCCCGCACCGAACGUCCCUCAACAACCCGCCCACCCCCGCCGCCAACGCAUCCGCCGCGAGCGCAACAUCGGCUUCAGCACCACGGGCCUCGCCGACACCAUCCUCGGGGCCCUCAUCUUCCCCUCCAUAGCCGCAGCCGUAGGCGAAGCGCUCAAGCACGCGCUCCCGAAAUCAUGGGUAACGCCGCCUGCAUCAGGGAAACCCACCGGUUUUCUGCAAGCCAAAUGGGGAAGGAGUAUCGUCGGAGGUUGUCUUUUCGUCGGUAUGAAGGAUGCGGUGCUACUCUACGUGCGGUGGAAAAUGGCUCAGAACCAUCGUAUGAGGAGGGUGCUGGAUUAUGAUCGGAGCAAGGACAAG